GACACAAAGCCUGACUUUACAACCUCAGAGAAAGUGGAAGUAAGAAGGCUUAGGUGGGCAGGCAGGACGAGAGAAAGAGCGAGAGGAGGGAAAGCCGCGUAGGUGGGAGUACAGCGUAGCGAGGGUCGAGGGGGAACCCUCGUCCGUGGAGAUGAGGAGGGUGGGCUUUCAGAACUAGUCCCCCCUCUCGCCCUGCCCCGCCCCUCCCGCUCUGGGGUCCCCACGGUGCCCUGCCUCGGAGCCCCGCUCCACCACGCCCGGAAGGGGGAGCCUGGCCGUCGGCUGGCUCGGGGCGGGCCGGUUGGCUGUACCGAGGCUCCCUAUCCCCAGUGCGGGACGAGAGCGCGGGGCGGCGCGGCAGCCGCGGACCGAGGAGGGGCUGCGAGCUAAACAGCGCGGCGCGGCACGCGCGGCGCGGCGGACGAGUUAGGGCUGGGGCGAGGGAGGCUGUGGUUCCCGACAGAGACAGGGGAGUAGUGUCGGGCUGAGGCGAGGUGAGGCGUGGGGUGCCUCGGGAGGGUUCCCCGUGCCCCGAGGGGGGCGGCCGCGGAGUCCAGCGGGGAGGCGGGCGGUGGUGCCGCGUCGGGGAAGAGUGCAUCCCGCGGGGUGCCGAGCCCGGCGCUGGCGGAGAGACGGGGGCGCCCCCCUCCCCACAGGAGGAGCCUCGCGCUCCUCCGCCAUCCUUCCCCCGCGCGGCGGGCUCGCCUUCUCAGUGGGUGUUGCGGGAGCUGCCGGCCCGCGGUGCCGGGGCCAGAUAAGGGCGAUCCGCGGGGCUGCCGCCCCCGGGUCAGGCAGGCCGGGGGCGGGCCGCGAGUGAGGCGGGGCGGCGGCGAGGCUGCGGACGGCUGGGGGGCGGGGGAGCGAGGAGAGCCGAAGAGAGCAGGCGGCGAGCGGGUGGCCCGGCCGCCCGCCUCGCUGCUCCGCUUGGCGCCGCCGGCCCACGCCGCAGUGUGUUUUGUGGACGGCGCCUUCCCAGACAGCGCAGGAGAGCCCAGCUCAGCGCCCGGCGGCCUUCGACGCGAUGUUCCGCCGGAGCUUGAAUCGUUUUUGUGCUGGAGAAGAGAAACGAGUUGGCACACGCACAGUGUUUGUUGGCAAUCAUUCAGUUUCGGGAACAGAAGCUUACGUUGCACAAAGAUUUUGUGAUAAUAGAAUAGUCUCAUCUAAGUAUACACUUUGGAAUUUUCUCCCAAAGAAUCUGUUUGAACAGUUUAGAAGAAUUGCAAAUUUUUAUUUUCUCAUAAUUUUCCUUGUACAGGUCACAGUAGACACACCAACUAGCCCAGUUACCAGUGGACUUCCACUUUUCUUUGUUAUAACAGUUACAGCCAUCAAGCAGGGAUAUGAAGAUUGGCUGAGACAUAGAGCUGACAAUGAAGUCAACAAAAGCACUGUUUACAUUAUUGAAAAUGCAAAGCGAGUGAGAAAAGAAAGUGAAAAAAUCAAGGUUGGUGAUGUAGUAGAAGUACAGGCAGAUGAAACCUUUCCCUGUGAUCUUAUUCUUCUAUCAUCUUGCACCACUGAUGGAACCUGUUAUGUCACUACAGCCAGUCUUGAUGGGGAAUCCAAUUGCAAGAUACAUUAUGCAGUACGUGAUACCAUUGCACUGUGUACAGCAGAAUCCAUUGAUACCCUCCGAGCAGCAAUUGAAUGUGAACAGCCUCAACCUGACCUCUAUAAAUUUGUUGGGCGAAUCAAUAUCUAUAGUAAUAGUCUUGAGGCUGUUGCCAGGUCUUUGGGACCUGAAAAUCUCUUGCUGAAAGGAGCUACACUAAAAAAUACUGAGAAGAUAUAUGGAGUUGCUGUUUACACUGGAAUGGAAACCAAAAUGGCUUUGAACUACCAAGGGAAAUCUCAGAAACGUUCUGCUGUUGAAAAAUCUAUUAAUGCUUUCCUGAUUGUAUAUUUAUUUAUCUUACUGACCAAAGCUGCAGUAUGCACUACUCUAAAGUACGUUUGGCAGAGUACCCCAUACAAUGAUGAACCUUGGUAUAACCAAAAGACUCAGAAAGAGCGAGAGACUUUGAAGGUUUUAAAAAUGUUCACCGACUUCCUAUCAUUUAUGGUUCUAUUCAACUUUAUCAUUCCUGUCUCCAUGUACGUUACAGUAGAAAUGCAGAAAUUCUUAGGGUCCUUCUUCAUCUCAUGGGAUAAGGACUUUUAUGAUGAAGAAAUUAAUGAAGGAGCCCUGGUUAACACAUCAGACCUUAAUGAAGAACUUGGUCAGGUGGAUUAUGUAUUUACAGAUAAGACUGGAACGCUCACUGAAAACAGCAUGGAAUUCAUUGAAUGCUGCAUAGAUGGGCAUAAAUAUAAAGGUGUAACUCAAGAGGUUGAUGGAUUAUCUCAAACUGAUGGACCUUUAACAUAUUUUGACAAAGCAGAUAAGAAUCGAGAAGAGCUGUUUCUACGUGCCUUGUGUUUAUGUCAUACUGUAGAAAUCAAAACAAAUGAUGCUGUUGAUGGAGCUACAGAAUCAGCUGAAUUAACCUAUAUCUCCUCUUCACCAGAUGAAAUAGCUUUGGUGAAAGGAGCUAAAAAGUACGGGUUCACAUUUUUAGGAAAUCGAAAUGGACACAUGAGAGUAGAGAACCAAAGAAAAGAAAUAGAAGAAUAUGAACUUCUUCACACCUUAAACUUUGAUGCCGUCCGGCGACGUAUGAGUGUAAUUGUGAAGACUCAAGAAGGAGACAUACUUCUCUUUUGUAAAGGAGCAGACUCGGCAGUUUUUCCCAGAGUGCAAAAUCAUGAAAUUGAGUUAACUAAAGUCCAUGUGGAACGUAAUGCAAUGGAUGGGUAUCGGACACUCUGUGUAGCCUUCAAAGAAAUUGCUCCAGAUGAUUUUGAAAGAAUUAACAGACAGCUCAUAGAGGCAAAAAUGGCCUUACAAGACAGAGAAGAAAAAAUGGAAAAAGUUUUCGAUGAUAUUGAGACAAACAUGAAUUUAAUUGGAGCCACUGCAGUUGAAGACAAGCUACAAGAUCAAGCUGCAGAGACCAUUGAAGCUCUGCAUGCAGCAGGCCUGAAAGUCUGGGUGCUCACUGGGGACAAGAUGGAGACAGCUAAAUCCACAUGCUAUGCCUGCCGCCUUUUCCAAACCAACACCGAGCUCUUAGAACUAACCACAAAAACCAUUGAAGAAAGUGAAAGGAAAGAAGAUCGAUUACAUGAAUUAUUGAUAGAAUAUCGUAAGAAAUUGCUGCAUGAAUUUCCUAAAAGUACUAGAAGCCUUAAAAAAGCAUGGACAGAACAUCAGGAAUAUGGAUUAAUCAUAGAUGGCUCCACAUUGUCACUCAUACUAAAUUCCAGUCAAGACUCUAGUUCAAACAAUUACAAAAGCAUUUUCCUACAAAUAUGUAUGAAGUGUACUGCAGUACUCUGCUGUCGGAUGGCACCGUUACAGAAAGCCCAGAUUGUCAGAAUGGUGAAGAAUUUAAAAGGCAGCCCAAUAACUCUGUCGAUAGGUGAUGGUGCCAAUGAUGUUAGUAUGAUCUUGGAAUCCCAUGUGGGAAUAGGUAUUAAAGGCAAAGAAGGUCGCCAAGCAGCUAGGAAUAGCGAUUAUUCUGUUCCAAAGUUUAAACACUUAAAGAAACUGCUAUUGGCUCAUGGACAUCUAUAUUAUGUGAGAAUAGCACACCUUGUACAGUACUUCUUCUAUAAGAACCUUUGUUUCAUUUUGCCACAGUUUUUGUACCAGUUCUUCUGUGGAUUCUCACAACAGCCACUGUAUGAUGCUGCUUACCUUACAAUGUACAAUAUCUGCUUCACAUCCUUGCCCAUCCUGGCCUAUAGUCUACUGGAACAGCACAUCAACAUUGACACUCUGACCUCAGAUCCUCGAUUGUAUAUGAAAAUUUCUGGCAAUGCCAUGCUACAGUUGGGCCCCUUCUUAUAUUGGACAUUUCUGGCUGCCUUUGAAGGGACAGUGUUCUUCUUUGGGACUUACUUUCUUUUUCAGACUGCAUCCCUAGAAGAAAAUGGAAAGGUAUACGGAAACUGGACUUUUGGAACCAUUGUUUUUACAGUCUUAGUAUUCACUGUAACCCUGAAGCUUGCUUUGGAUACCCGAUUCUGGACAUGGAUAAAUCACUUUGUGAUUUGGGGUUCUUUAGCCUUCUAUGUAUUUUUCUCAUUCUUCUGGGGAGGAAUUAUUUGGCCUUUUCUCAAGCAACAGAGAAUGUAUUUUGUAUUUGCCCAAAUGCUGUCUUCUGUAUCCACAUGGUUGGCUAUAAUUCUUCUAAUAUUUAUCAGCCUUUUCCCUGAAAUUCUUCUGAUAGUAUUAAAGAAUGUAAGAAGAAGAAGUGCCAGGAGAAAUCUGAGCUGUAGAAGGGCAUCUGACUCAUUAUCCGCCAGACCUUCAGUCAGACCUCUUCUUUUACGAACAUUCUCAGACGAAUCUAAUGUAUUGUAACAGAAUCCGAAUCUUGAACUGCCUAUGUUAUUGUCCUACAAGCAUACUGACAGUGGUUACAGCUAAAAAAGAAAGCAUGAAGAAACAACUACAAAAAGUUAUCAUCUCAGGAUACUUGAUAUGCAACACACUAAACCACUCUCAUGUCUAGAGUUCACAAUAAAUGUUCAUUAAAAUACCAAAUGAUUCUCUUAAGCAUUUACAAUUAUUGUAAGUAGCCUUUAUGGCCAAAGCUGUAAGUUAAGAAUUAUAUGAAAGUUGAAAGCAAGAAUACUUAGAAUUCUGGCUUUAGAUAGAAUAAUAUAACUCAAAUGGGUGCUCUUUUAACCCAUGAACUCUGUGAAUGGAUUUAAAUACAAUAGUAUAAAGUAGAAGUUAUGCAAUGAGAAUGAAUAGAUUUUGCUAAUAUUACUUUUUUUGCCUGGCAGAAGAAAUAGACUAUUUGGAUCACAUUUCUUGUUCCUCCUAAAUGAUCAUCUUAAUUUUCUUUUUCAAAAGUACAUAAGGAAUACUUGAAAAUACAGAAGGACUAAAUAGUAUCAAUGUAUCAGACAAAAUAGUUAAUCCCUUCUGUUUACCCAUGUGCUACUUAUGUCUUGGUAGAAUAUUCUUGCCAAAAAAAUACCUUGAACGCUUAUGUGGAAAGUGUUAACUUACGGGUAUUUUUGUGGGAAUAGAAAAAAAGUGUUUAUUUUUUAUUCUUCUGAAUUAAACCCCACUUAUGGGUGUAAGCCUACUAGACUUGAAAAUAAAGCAUAAAACAUUUCCAAUCACUUAGUAGCCCCUCAAAGUAGUUAGGAAAUAAACAGAUUUUUCCAGUGUUGAUUUUACUGGGAUCUGCAGUAAGGUGGUUUAAACCAUAGUUAUAUAAAAAUAAAGGUCAUUCUGAACAUCAGCCUUUUAUAAUUUUAUGUGAAGAGGAAGAAAAAUAGCUUAUUUUAAACUGUUGAUGGUUUUUAUUUGAAAGAGAUUGCAUUCGUGCAUAUAUGCAGUGCUUUUUCUUAAACAUGGCCAAUUUGGAAAGGGGGAAGGAUCCACCCCAAAACAGUGGUUCAGCUUGUAGAGCCAUGACUCUGUGAAGAUGAAUGUUGUCUCUUAACUUGGACAGGGAAAUGGUCUAACUCUAAACCAUGAGACUGACCUUGGUAAAGUCCUUGAGUAGCUGAGCUAGAAGGAAGAUUUAGCCUUCUAAUUAGCUCACUUGAAACAUAAAUGUGAAAUGUCCUAAUUCAAUGUUAAACACAUACUUUUUUGGAUAUAAAUGACCAUAUUUAUUUGACUGCUAGUUUUUUUUUUUUUUUUUUUUUUUUUUUUGGUCUUUCUGGCAUGCCUGUACUAUUAUUAAUGUUUAUAUUGUACCUUGAUUUGGAAAAGUAUUGGAGUUAAUCUGUAUUAUAUUUGUAUAGUCCAUAUGGCACAUUUGAUUCUUCCACAUAUAUUUUAUGUUAAUGUUUAGGUAUGAUUUUUUUCUAAAUUCUAGAAAAGAACAUAAUUUCAGUUAUCAGAAGCCAUUCCAUCAUUACGGACCCUUUUUCAUUAUUACAUUUGCUCUCAUAUAUCAGUAUUAUUUUUGAGCAUUUUGUUACAUGUCAUUCACACCUUACCUAAGUGCGCUGUGUUCUGGUAGCCUGUAUUUGAGGUAAGCUGCUGAAAACAAAGUCUCUGUAUUCUUUGCCUAUUCCAAAGAGCUAAAAAGUCUAACCCAGGAAAACUUUUGAUAUUUUGUGCUUGUUUUCUUGUUCUUAUGGUUGUUGUUGCUGUAUUAUUAUUGCUGUUUUACAUAAAAUCUAUGGGAACUGUGAAUACAGACAAGAGAGCCACAGUAGAGAGGCUUGUUUAAUGCAGUACCAUUGAAGAGUUAACAGAAUAAUCUAGUAGAAAAGUAACUGGUUGCAUGUAAAAUUCCUUCCAGCCAGAAAGAAAGAAAGACAAGGAUUAAGGGGGAUUUAGAGUUAUGUCUCAGCUACACAUUACAUUGUGACACUGCAGCUCAAAUUCAGAAUGGCAAUGAUAUAUGAUAUCAUGGCCUAGAUCCUUGAGAAGCACCUGGCUUUCCUUUUUAAAAGAUACUUUACUGAAGAGCUAAAAAAUGGCUAGUGUGGGGUUAGCAGAUCGAAUAACUUGAAAUAGACCAUGUAUUCCUAGCACUACAAUGUAAUCACCCUAUUUGUGACAGAGAAAGGGAAAAAAAUGUAAUCAUAAGAUCAUCUACCUAUAAUUUGAAUAAUUUUGAGCUAUCAAAAUGUCUUUGUAACUUCCACAACUGUUGUCCAUUGUUUGAGGAUGUUACCUACUAAACUGAAAACAUUCAUUCCAUAUCUACUACAUAUACACCAGCAACAAUAUAAAUGUAAGCCUAACUUUGCAAAAUUCAUAAUAAUUUAGUGAUGGAAGUUUUUAAUAACAUGCAGUAUAUAAAUGUGCAGAUUUUAUGCGUGUUGACAAAAUCAUUUUUCAGCUUGCAAAACGGGACUGCAAUAUUACAUUUUUCACUUAAGCAGUUUUUUACAUCUAUGUUAUUGCUUUCUAAAAUGAAUGUGAAUGCCAUCUUUUAUGACUGCAACUUGCCUUUUCCAUUACAGAAAUUUUUGUUUGAUGUAAUCAAUAAACUUUGGUAUGAUAUGAUUGAUA